UCACUCGCUUCGUCUCUCGUCACUGACUGACCCCUUCCUCCCCGGAGAAAACCCCUUCGGUUCAGGCGAUGUCGGCGGCGGUGCGGGGCGCGGAGUUCCACGGGUUCCGGGGCGGAGCGGCGGAGCGGCUCCCGAGGUCGCGGAUGCUCGGGAGGCCGCUCCGGGUGGCGCCGGCCCCCGCUGGCGGCGGCGGCGGUCCGUCGUCGGCCAGCGUGCGCGCCGUCUCAGCGCCACUCAAGAAGGAUGUGGCUGAGGUUAAGAGGAGCAAGGUUGAGAUAAUCAAGGAGAAGAGCAAUUUUCUGCGGUACCCUUUGAAUGAGGAACUGGUCUCAGAGGCUCCGAAUAUUAAUGACAGUGCUGUCCAGCUUAUUAAAUUUCACGGAAGCUAUCAGCAGACGGACCGUGAUGUUCGUGGGCAGAAGAAUUACUCGUUUAUGCUCCGAACAAAGAAUCCUUGUGGAAAAGUUCCAAACCAGCUUUACUUGGCUAUGGAUACACUAGCUGAUGAGUUUGGCAUUGGAACACUCCGAUUGACGACCAGACAAACAUUUCAGCUGCAUGGCGUUCUUAAGAAGAACUUGAAGACUGUCAUUAGCAUUGUCAUAAAGAAUAUGGGUUCAUCAUUAGGUGCCUGUGGAGAUCUCAACAGAAAUGUGCUUGCACCUGCGGCACCUUAUGUCAGGAAGGAUAUUCUUUUUGCUCAAGAAACAGCAGAGAAUAUCGCCGCACUUCUUACACCACAAUCUGGGGCUUAUUAUGACCUGUGGGUAGAUGGAGAAAAGAUAAUGUCGUCUGAAGAACCUCCUGAGGUCACGAAAGCUCGCAAUGACAACACACACGGAACAAAUUUCCCUGAUUCCCCUGAACCAAUCUAUGGCACACAGUAUCUGCCCAGAAAGUUCAAGAUUGCAGUCACUGCUGCUGGAGAUAACUCUGUUGAUAUUCUGACCAAUGACAUCGGUGUUGUUGUUGUUACAGACAGUGAAGGAGAGCCUGUUGGCUUCAACAUUUAUGUUGGAGGUGGUAUGGGUAGGACACACCGAGUGGAAACUACAUUCCCCCGAUUGGCUGAUCCACUGGGUUAUGUUCCUAAGGAAGAUAUAUUGUAUGCUAUAAAAGCAAUAGUCGUCACACAGAGGGAAAAUGGGAGAAGGGAUGAUCGCCGGUAUAGCAGGAUGAAGUAUCUGAUUGAUAGCUGGGGAAUUGACAAGUUUCGGGCUGAAGUCGAAAAAUAUUAUGGAAAGAAGUUUGAAGAUUCCCGCCCUUUGCCUGAGUGGCAGUUCAACAGCUACCUAGGCUGGCAGGAACAGGGUGAUGGAAAAUUGUUCUACGGAGUGCAUGUUGAUAAUGGUCGUGUUGGAGGGGAAGCAAAGAAAACUCUACGAGCAAUAAUUGAGAAGUACAAUUUGGAUGUUAGCAUUACUCCAAACCAGAAUCUUAUCCUAUGUGGGAUUGAUCAAGCAUGGAAAGAUCCCAUCACAGCAGCUCUUGCUCAGUCUGGUCUUUUGGAACCAAAGGAUGUUGAUCCCCUGAAUAUUACUUCCAUGGCGUGUCCUGCCUUACCACUGUGCCCUCUAGCUCAAACAGAAGCCGAACGAGGGAUUCUACCUAUUCUUAAACGAAUUAGAGCAGUUUUUGACAAGGUUGGCAUCAAGGGUCACGAGUCAGUAGUCGUGAGGAUAACUGGCUGCCCUAAUGGAUGUGCUAGACCAUAUAUGGCAGAGGUUGGGUUUGUUGGUGAUGGUCCAAACAGUUACCAGAUAUGGCUUGGAGGAACACCAAACCAGAGUACACUAGCUGAAACAUUUAUGAAUAAGGUGAAGCUUCAAGACAUUGAGAAGGUUUUGGAACCAUUGUUUUCCUAUUGGAACAGUGCACGUCAGGAAGGUGAAUCUUUUGGUAGCUUCACACGCCGAACGGGAUUUGACAAAUUGAAAGAGGUAGUGAACAAGUGGGGAGAGUCAGCAUCGGCCGCAUGAUGGCCUGCUUUUGCUGGACAAGUUGAGGACAAUUCUGAUCACGUGUCAAUGUAAUCGUCAAUUUCUCUCCACACGACGACAACAUAAUCAAAGCAGGAGAUAAUUUUGUCAAUUUCGUUGACAAGUAGAAGACGAUGAUGACUCGGGUCUGGAACUGCUCCUUACGUUCGUUGAGAUGAGUGAUCAAUUUUUUUGUGUACUCUGUCUGAAAAAAAAAACGUGCUUCUGAGAAAAAAGAAACUUCUCUGGCGGUUAAUUUUGGAAUAAAAUGCUUGAAAAUGUACUGAAUAAAAUUUUCCAUGGUAGUAUUGUUCUCCCUCAUUCUUUUUUGAGAUUGGGC